CCACCCAGCAGGAUGGGUGAUGCGGAGAGCUGCCUGUUCAGACAACAGACACGCGAGGUCAGGGAGAAGCCGCUUAUAAAUUACCGCUUCCUCCGCGCCGCCGCCAGCGUCGUGCUCCGGGACCUGCUUGCAGUCGAGCUCCAGUGCCCAGCCGCCAACGCUGCGAUCGCCACCAGCCCCGCCAGUCCCUCCAGUCCUGGGCCAUCCGCCGUGGGCUUAGCCACCCAGGUGCAGAGCCAGCCCCACAGCCUCUUCAGAGGAGCCUCUCAAGCCCAAGCAGUAGCUGGUGUUAGGCACCAUCUUGUAGCCCUGGAAGCCGCUGCCGCUGCCAUCCGCUGCACCAACGUCCGUCAGCCUGACAGAGUUAGAUAUGAAUCCCGUGCACCCAGAAAACGAGGAAAUGGCCACCAAAGAGAAGCUGCAAUGUCUGAAAGACUUCCACAAAGACAUCCUGAAGCCUUCGCCAGGGAAGAGCCCAGGCACACGGCCUGAGGAUGAGGCUGAGGGGAAGCCCCCUCAGAGGGAGAAGUGGUCCAGCAAGAUUGACUUUGUGCUGUCUGUGGCCGGAGGCUUCGUGGGUUUGGGCAACGUCUGGCGUUUCCCGUACCUCUGCUACAAAAAUGGUGGAGGUGCUUUCCUCAUACCGUAUUUUAUUUUCCUGUUCGGGAGCGGCCUGCCUGUGUUUUUCCUGGAGGUCAUCAUAGGCCAGUACACCUCAGAAGGGGGCAUCACGUGCUGGGAGAAGAUCUGCCCCUUGUUCUCUGGCAUUGGCUAUGCAUCCAUCGUCAUCGUGUCCCUCCUGAAUGUGUACUACAUUGUCAUCCUGGCCUGGGCCACGUACUACCUAUUCCAGUCCUUCCAGAACGAGCUUCCCUGGGCCCACUGCAACCACAGCUGGAACACCCCGCACUGCAUGGAGGACACCCUGCGUAAGAAUGAGACUCUCUGGGUCGCCAUUAGCACCACCAACUUCACCUCACCUGUCAUCGAGUUCUGGGAGCGCAAUGUGCUCAGCCUGUCCUCCGGAAUCGACGACCUAGGCGCUCUGAAAUGGGACCUUGCGCUCUGCCUCCUCUUAGUCUGGCUCGUCUGUUUUUUCUGCAUCUGGAAGGGGGUUCGAUCCACAGGCAAGGUUGUCUACUUUACCGCCACUUUCCCGUUUGCCAUGCUUCUGGUGCUGCUGGUCCGUGGACUGACCCUGCCAGGUGCUGGUGAAGGCAUCAAAUUCUACCUGUACCCCGACAUCAGCCGCCUCGAGGACCCACAGGUGUGGAUCGACGCUGGAACCCAGAUAUUCUUUUCCUAUGCCAUCUGUCUGGGGGCCAUGACCUCACUGGGAAGCUACAACAAGUACAAGUAUAACUCGUACAGGGACUGUAUGCUGCUGGGAUGCCUGAACAGUGGUACCAGUUUUGUGUCUGGCUUCGCAAUUUUUUCCAUCCUGGGCUUCAUGGCACAAGAGCAAGGGGUGGACAUUGCUGAUGUGGCUGAGUCAGGUCCUGGCUUGGCCUUCAUUGCCUACCCAAAAGCUGUGACUAUGAUGCCGCUGCCCACCUUUUGGUCCAUUCUGUUUUUUAUUAUGCUCCUCUUGCUUGGACUGGACAGCCAGUUUGUUGAAGUCGAAGGACAGAUCACAUCCUUGGUUGAUCUUUACCCGUCCUUCCUAAGGAAGGGUUAUCGUCGGGAAAUCUUCAUCGCCAUCGUGUGUAGCAUCAGCUACCUGCUGGGGCUGACGAUGGUGACGGAGGGUGGCAUGUAUGUGUUUCAACUCUUUGACUACUAUGCAGCUAGUGGUGUAUGCCUUUUGUGGGUUGCAUUCUUUGAAUGUUUUGUUAUUGCCUGGAUAUAUGGCGGUGAUAACUUAUAUGACGGUAUUGAGGACAUGAUUGGCUAUCGGCCCGGGCCCUGGAUGAAGUACAGCUGGGCUGUCAUCACUCCAGUUCUCUGUGUUGGAUGUUUUAUCUUCUCUCUUGUCAAGUAUGUACCCCUGACCUACAACAAAGUCUACGUGUACCCUGAUUGGGCGAUUGGGCUGGGCUGGGGCCUGGCCCUUUCCUCUAUGGUGUGUAUCCCCAUGGUCAUCGUUAUCCUCUUCUGCCGGACGGAGGGACCGUUCCGCGUGAGAAUCAAAUACCUGAUAACCCCCAGGGAACCCAACCGCUGGGCCGUGGAGCAUGAGGGCGCCACGCCCUUCAACUCUCGCUCGAACCUCAUGAACGGCGCACUCAUGAAACCCAGUCACGUCAUCGUGGAGACCAUGAUGUGAGGUCCGGGCCAUGCGACAGGCGCUCUCCUGCUGUUUACUAACGUUAGAUUCUCAUAGGACCAGGUUUACAGAGCUUUAUAUUUGUACUAGGAUUUUUUUUUUUAAUUGUCACAGAAAAUGUUACUCUAUGUGUAUGUGUGUGUGUGUGUCAUGUGUGUGUCUGUCUAUGUGUAUUUUGUUUUGAUUUGGGGGAUAUUUUGUACAAAAAAAGAACCCACGGGCCUACGUCCUGGGGAGAGGAUGGACUUUCUUAUUGAUUUUGAUGUAUUUUAUGGGAACUUGGUAAAUUUUUCUUUGUAUUUUUUUUUAGCAUAUAACUAUAUAUAUACUUAGAGUCUGUCAUACACUUUACCACUUGAAUUGGUCUUGCCAGCAAUGGAUUUCGUUUUCAAAAGCAAUUCUUCGGUGCUUAUAUAGCUGGCAGAAAUUUCUGCCCAAAAGCAAACAAAAAAAAAAAAAGAGAGAGAGAGA